AGGGCUGCUGCUGCCAGGAUUUGACUGAAGCAGAUGUUGCCGAUCACGGUUUCUUCGCUGUUUGAGGCCCUGGUCACAUUUGAAGACAUCGCUGUGUAUUUCUCCUCGGAGGAGUGGGAAGAGCUAGAGAACUGGCAGAAGGAGCUGUACAAGGACGUGAUGAGGGAUAAUUAUGAGGCUAUGAUCUCUCUAGAUCCAUCAUCUGCUGACACAGCUCUGAAUACUGCCUUCACAUCCUCACCAGCUGGGCCCUCUCCUGCGUCCCUGUCGUCUGAUCCCUCCUCCCACAAAGUGGAUCUCUCUCCAUCCCCUGUGCAUUCCACCAGCCUGUGGAUUUGGGAGGCACACCUAGGGCACACAGACCAGAGAGACAACAGCAUGGGCAUUGCCGAAUGCGCAGAGAGGCCUGGCAGUAGGUCUUCCUGUGCACUCAGUGGGGCAGUCCACAGCCAAGUGGAGAGGGAGGAGAAAGCACUGGACAGGGUGUUUUGCUCACCUCCAGCCUCGCCUGGCCUACAUCCACAUUCUGAGCAAAUCUAUGUACCUGGGCAAGUCCAGACAUCUGAAUCUGCUCACACAAAUCAAGGAUCUGAGAAUAACACAACUAUGUUCAGAGCACAGAGAACUGAGCAUCCUGCCUCUGCGCACAGUCUGGAGAAAAAAUUGGGCAGCAUCAUCCAGGAGAUGCGGACGGGAAGAAUCCACCUGGGUAGCAUAGCUGGCUCUCUGCUGGCUUUGUCCUUAGCAUUCCUGCCAGCUCCUGUGGAUAGCACAGGUCCAUAGGAGAUCAUCUCAGAGCAGCAUAUUCUCUUAGAAACUUCUUCUGCAUUCUCACACUCAAAGCUGUGGAACAGAGAAACAACCUCUCCCUUCUUUAUUUUCUCUAAAAGCACGUGUUCUAUUACAUUUUUAUGCAUUUUUUUAAAAUAAAGACAUUAAAUAUUAGUAUUUUUU